AUGAGCAACUCAUAAAUCCAAUCAGAUUCCGAAGAAUUCAUCUAACAAUAAGAAAAGGGAGAUCUCAAUUUUUAUUCUGGGUUGUUUGAUCCUUGUGAAGAAGUUCCCCAAAAACCCCAAGAAACCUAAACCAUAAAGGAUAAGGUAAUACAACAAACUAAACAAACCUUUAGUAAGCAAUCCACCUUAAAUUAAAAAAUUAAAUCAAAAUUAAACAAAGUUGCCUUAAAAAUCAGAAAACAGAACGAGCAAUUUUAUGAAGAGCCAGAACAAGUAGAAGAAGAGGAUCCAUAACAGGAUCUCUAAUAGGAAUAAUAAUUGGAUUCAAAAAUAUUUGCAAUUGACACAGAGUUCCAUCAAUUAAAAUUAAAUAAGGCAUUAGUCAAAGCUUGUCAUGAUUAGGGAUAUACUCAUCCCACCAAUGUUUAGGCUAAAAUAAUCCCAAUAAUUAUGAAUGGUAAAGAUGUCUUGGCUAGUUCAUGUACGGGAUCUGGCAAAACAGCAGCAUUCCUAUUACCCAUCAUGUAGCGUUUUGGCAAUUUGAAAAAUUUACAAUACUCCAAAGCCUUGAUAAUAUUGCCGACUAGGGAACUCGCACUUUAAUGCUUUGAAAUGUUUGAAAAAUUAAAUAAAUAUGCUAAUUGCACAGCAGCUCUCGUCAUUGGGGCUGUUCCAAUCUAGUAAUAGGAAACUGAAUUGAGGAAAUAUCCUGACAUCAUAAUUGCAACUCCAGGUAGAACUGUUGAUUUAUUAACUAAUUCAUCAAGUCUUGAAAUUCAGAAUAUUGAAAUCUUAGUAUUCGAUGAAGCAGAUAGAUUAAUGGAAAUGGGAUUCGAAAAGGAAAUCAGGUAAAUCCUUUAAGCCACUUCCAAAGAUAGACAGACUGUUUUGAUCAGUGCUACUCUUAAUGCUACUGUCAAAUAACUAUCCUUAUUGGCUUUGAAUAAUCCAAUAAAAGUUAAUGUUGACUUUGUGGGUGGUUUGGCUUAUGGAUUAAAACAGUAUUUGUUGCGAAUAAGAUCCAAUUAAGACAGUGACAGAGAAGCAACACUCAUUACUUUAUUGAAAACCAAGUUCAAAGAAAAAACCAUAAUCUUUGUUAAGACCAAACAUGAUUGUCAUAGGUUGGCAAUAGUUCUAGGAUUUUUAGAUAUGAGCAGUUGUGAAUUACAUGGGAAUCUAUCAUAACAAUAAAGAAUCCAAGCCUAUGAAGAUUUUAAAGAAGGAAAAUUUUAAUUUUUAUUAGCAACAGACUUAGCUGCAAGAGGAUUGGAUCUGACAGAUGUCAAAGCUGUGAUUAAUUAUGAGAUUCCAUAUGAAGUUACGAGGUACAUCCACAGAGUCGGUAGAACAGCUAGGAUAGGUGCAUAAGGUAUAUCAGUAACAAUUUGUUUGGAGAAUGAAGUUGUCAAAUUUAAAAAGAUGAUACGAUAAUCUAAAUAAUAGUUAUUCAAAAUGAUUGCAGAUACCAAUAAGGUUAGAUAAAUGCGUCGUCAGAUAUAGUAGUUGGAGCCUUAAAUCAGAAAGGUUAUUAAAGAGGAGGUUGCUGAAAUGGAAGUUCGAAAAACUGAGAUGAUGACUCAAAAAGGCGAAAUUCCAAUGGAAGAAUCUGAAGAUGAUGAUAAUAUUCCAGAACCAAAAAAAGGAAAACCACAAAUGAAGAAUAAGAAAAGAGCUAAGAAAUUCAAUAAUUGA